CGCUCCUCAUACUUGAUGCUUUUAUGAUGACCCUCUUCAGCGAGUCUGCGUUCACCAUUGUCGACUUUGUCGCCCAGCGACUGAUAUAUGUUAGCUGGAUACCGAUGGUGGUUGCAUUUAUAACUUUGUGUCUGUCCUCGGACAAAGAGCGACAGUUCAUCCGCAUAGCAAAGAUUAGUCGCUUUAUCUAUUUAGGAACUAUUACUCUCUAUUUAUCUUAUUUUAUUUUCUACCCGAAAGGAAGAUACAAUUCGCUCAUCUAUCCGCCAUUUCUUGUCACUCAUUUUCUUAUAACAUUUAUGCACUCCAUAUUUUGGCUGGUUUACGGCGAUAAUGCCAUCUCUCUGGACGUAAAAACAUACCAUUCCAUCCGACAGGCUAUUGAAGAAAAGAUCAAAAGCAGACACCUCCGUCAUAUUUGUCUCAGGGGUUUAGACUUUGGUGAGGUAUUUGGAACGCUUGGUUUCGGUAGUUUGGCUGCCGUGUCGUUGGUAUUGCCAAUUAAAGAUGAAGUUUUAGUUGAGGAUUUUACUGAGGAUGGCAAUACCUAUGCUACUAGUGUAACUUUUUUUGUUUAUCUAGCUUCCAUCGGCUUCACGGUCUAUAUGAGGAAUAGGGAAGUCCAAAAGCGUAUUGCAAAGGAGUUUUCGGCACAAGGUAGUCUGAUCGAGACCAAGACUGAGUUUGCGAAUGAGAAGAUGCCCGAUCGAGACGACGAGCACGUCUGAUUGCGAUAUAGAGCGCGCUGUCUUUCAUUACCCAUUUUGGUGAACUUUACCAAUUGAAUCCAAU